GCUCUCCGCACUGCGUGCGAACACAACCACGCUGAUAUCGUCCGGCUGCUUGACAAGGGUGCGUUCAUCGAUUUGACUGACCAUAGAGGGUGGACGCCGUUGAUUAGUGCUGCGCACAUGGGGCACACGGAGGUGGUCAUUGCUCUCCUGGAAAGAAACGCCGACAAGGACAAGCGCCUUCCGAUCAACCCUAUGCUCUUAAGCUCGCUUGCUGCAGUGUCUUAUGGUGAGACCCCGCUUCUCAUAGCCUCGUAUCGUGGUAACAAAGAUAUCGUGACGGCCCUAUUGGAGAGUGGUGUAUGCAGUGAUAAAAGGAAACGCUCCGCUCUCGAAAAGGCUUGUGAGGGAGGUCAUACUGACGUUGCUCAGCUACUAAUAAGUCAUGGCGCUCCUACUGACGACUUAGAUGAUAGGUUAUCUGCGAUAACUAGAUAUGACGAAGCAGAUGCCGUGAAGUUACUCAUCGAAUCGGGAAUGGAACUACAGCACUCCAAGUCGCAGGCAUCGAAUCUUCAAGGCUACUUAUCUCGAAAGGCGCGUCGAUCGACUUAGCGGACAACGAGAGAAAUACACCAUU